UCAAUCCUUAGUCCUAAUCCAAAAACAGGAAAACAAGAGUGAGAACAUAGCGCCUGGAGAGAGAGAGUUGGACAACAAGACAAACAAAUGAGCCUUGUUUUUCACUCUUCCAUACUUUUCUUCUCCACCCAAAAGCAACCCAACAAAGACUUUUUUGUGUGUCUCUUGAUCUCUUGAUAGAGGUGGAGUGGGAAUUAGAGACCCAUCAAUGGAAAUCACCUCUGGACUUCAAGAGAGAGAAAACCCAUCUCCUAUAAACACCCCAAACACCAAUGGAGGCGGAAGCAACAGCAACGGCAAGGGAGUCCAAAUUCAAACCCCACCAUUGACCCCAAAACCCAUGUGUAGAUCGGAAAUCAGGCCAUGCCAAACAACCUUUGUCCAAACAGACACCAUUGCAUUCAAACAGGUGGUUCAGAUGCUCACUGGAUCGUCUAAAACAACAAAGCAAGCGUCGAAAUCACCCUCUUUGGAGCCAGUGUCCUCUAAAGGUUACAUACCACCGAUCAAGACUGGACAAAAGAAGCAAGGCUUCAAGCUCUAUGAAAGAAGGAACCAACUUAAGAAUGGCUUCAUGAUCAGCCCUUUGGUGCCUGGCUUAGCUCAAAAUUCUGGCUCUUCACCUCGUGUUCCGGAGAUCUUAUCGCCAAGUAUACUCGACUUUCCUUCGCUUGUUUUAAGCCCUAUUACACCACUGACUGAUGAUCCAUUUAACAAGUCUUCACCUUCGGUGGGGACUUCACCGGAGGAAGAGAAAGCCAUUGCCCAGAAGGGGUUUUAUUUGCACCCUUCACCGGUAACAACACCAAGAGAAUCAGAGCCCAGGCUAUUGCCUCUGUUUCCGGUGACAGUUCCUGGCUCUUCUUCCUGACAAAUGGUGUUACUCGGGAGGAGGUUUAAUGGGUGUUGGAUGUUUGGGGAGAGAGGUAGAGAUCUUGCUUCAAUUGUACAAUUCAAUCUCUCUUCCUCUGUUUUUCAAAGAAGAAGCUAUUUGUUAGUUUUCUUCUUCUUCUUCUUCUUCUUCUUCUUUUUCUUCUUUUGUUUUUCUUUAUUUGCUAUUGUUUUCUUUCUACUUUUCAA